GAAAAGCAUAAAAAAAAAUCCAUCGCAGAAUUAGUGUUUUAAUAUGAAACAUCUAGUAAUAUAAUUGAUUGUUGUCAAAUGUCUGAACAAUAUGCUUUUCCCCUCUCUGCAAAUUAAACCGACUGAUUGUAAUUUAAUACAAAUACUUCUUUACUCUAAAUGCAAUCAACAUGGACUGACUACCUAGUUAUCUUUAGUAUGAUUUGCUGCAUUAAGAUAACAAUGGCCUUCCAUCUCUAUUGUAAAUACCUGACAAAAGUCAUCUCAAGGAUUACAGUCUUCAGGUAUGUUAUCUUUACAUUGUAAUUAAGCCCUCCACUUGCUCUUUUUAAAAUACUGAGAACUAAUGCCGUUAUGUGGAAUGUUGUUAAUGUCUUCCAAAAGCAUAUAAACAACUAAUGCAUCAUUCUCAAUUAAAAAAUGUUAAGAGUUUUUUUUCAGUAAUUAUCAUAACUUGUUAUAUUUUUCAUUAACACUUGCUCCAAGCAUUUCAUGCUAAUUAAGGAUUAAGCCCUCCACUUGCUCUUUUUAAAAAACUGAGAACUACUGCCGUUAUGUGGAAUGUUGUUAAUGUCUUCCAAAAGCAUAUAAACAACUAAUGCAUCAUUCUCAAUUAAAAAAUGUUAAGAGUUUUUUUUCAGUAAUUAUCAUAACUUGUUAUAUUUUUUUCAUUAACACUUGCUCCAAGCAUUUCAUGCUAAUUAAGGACAUUUGUAGUUCCCUUAACAGUAGUAAUAUUUGCAUUUUGCUGUAACCUUGUUAUUUUUUCAAUCAAUUUUUUUCCAAACUACCAGUGAGUCUCCAUCUUUAAGAACACCUCCAUCUUUCAACAUAUCAUUUUGCACCAUUUAGUUUGAAAAAGUGGGCAGGAAAGACAAAUCUCAAGUUUCUGACUGGUCCAUAUGGUCCUGCAGGGAGGAUCAGCACUACCUGUAUUUACCAUCAUUACCCCAUGGUGAUUAUAAUACCAUAUCCUGUGCUGAGAUAUAAUCUGACCAUUCAUGGGGAAGCAGGGCCUUAAUUACUGGCCAGGUGAUCAUCUAACUUGGAAGCACCUAUCCCAUGGACUAUCAUGUCUAUUUUGUGUUCACACCUGGAUAUGACUUAACCGCUGACACUGGAAAAGAACCAAUCAUUCACUCAAAUGGAGUCUUUGGAAGACCAUUCAGAAAAAAUGGAGUCUUCAGAAGAUGAAUAUGAAUUUAACAUGGAACCUUUAAUAGACAUCUUAGUAAGUGUGAAGCAUCCAGAUGACUAUCCCCCAAUGCAAGACUUCACAGCUAACCAAGUGCACAAAAAGUCCCCCAGAGACAAGCCACAUGACAAAGACUUCCCUGGAGCUGUCUCAGAAUGGGCCGAGAGUCCUGGAGGCACACUUAGAGACAUCUGUGAGGCUUCCCUCUGUGAGACCAUCACAAAGGAGAACAUAAGCGAAAGGUUCAUCUUGGGCCACAGAUACAACAUGCAAACAUUGCUGAGGUCAUGUACUGAGUUUCUAUCCUUAAACUUUAUGCUCAUAGACAAGAGGGAUUUGUAUAAAAUAAUAAUUAAUCAAGGCCAAGUGAUGGCUUUGGUUGAAAACCUUGUUUGGCUGAUUGAAGAUUUGCAACACAGCAACAAAAACAAUGGACAAUCAAGUGAAAAGAAAGAGAGUAGCACGGAUGGGUCUAAUGAUGAUGAUAAUGAUGAUAAUGAUACAGAUGCCAAUUAUGAAGAAGAUAAUAGUGCUAUUAACAGUGACACUGAAGAAAACUGGGAAGCUGAAACUUAUGACAUUAUUCCAUGACUAUCUUAAUUGUGGGCAAAAUAAAACCUGAAUGCCAAUUUUGCCACAGAAGACACAAACUUUGUACAUUUAGUUAAAAUUAUUAACAACACUUCUUUAUGGCUUCAGGUUUUGAAGCUAUCAAUAAGUAAUAUCUGUGUAAAUAGUUUUAAUAUUUAUUAAAAUAAUUUAAAAUCCUUUUUACCUCCUAAUAUGUUUUUUUUUACUGUCAUGUAGCAUUGUACAUACAUGUAGCUGGGCUGUAACCAAUGUAACAAGUACUCAUUCAGGCCAUAUAAAGAUCCAUGUAUUAGUUGGGCACUAGUACCAUAUGUUUGGCAUUUCCUACAAUUAGACAGACUUAUUCUUACAGUAAUCGUUGAAUAUGUUUUAAAAUCUGCCAUCCUUUGCUAUGAAUUUUUAAAGAUAAAUCUAUUUGUUUCAAAUGUAGAGUGAGUUAUUAGAGUUAUGACCUAUCAAGGUAGGAACAAUAUUGUGCAGAAGUUGAAUUGUGCAUCAAGCUUAAUUUGACUCUAUAAUUAUGUUGGUAGUACAAGACCAAGAUUAUUAACUUAAAAUAUUUGUACAGCACUGAUUUUCAUGUAUUAACUUAAAAAACCUACACAUACCUCUAUACUACUAUUUACAAGGUGUUCUACUGCAUAUUUGUAUUGCACUUGUUAACCCACUUACAUAUGUGUAAGACCUCUCACAAGGUAACAGUUCAUAACUCUAGAUCACUAUGUAUAAGUACUAGUAGUAUUCCUUUUUAUUUUGAAGUGGGUAUUUAAUAAGGGUUUUUAACACCCGCUUUUUAUUAUUUUCAUUUGCAGGGCCAAUUUAUUUAUAUAUAUAUCUAACAGUCAGUCAAUUUCCAUAUGUUAUUAUUUGGUGACCAGAUUUUCAAAAAGUGGGUAGUUAUCAUUUGUACAAAUAAUACAAGUAGAUUCCUACUGUACCAGGGGAUUAUUUAUAACAAAGUAUUUAUGAAUGGUUUCUCUUUGAUCUAUGUUUUAAAUAAAUCAUAUGAACAAGAGAAUGCCUAAUUUUAACUAAUAUAAUGCAUAAUAUACACUGUGCUUUUAUGUCAUCAUUUUUUAUACAAAAUAAGCUUGUUGGUAUUG